UCCGCCGCGCGCCGCCGCCGCCUGAAAGGCUUUCGCCGGCAGGUAUCCAGGACCAGGACCAGGUGUCGCCUCCAGUGUAGCAUGAGAUGAUCUAGGAGAAGAGAGCUCGCAACCUAUCAAGUGUUUAAUCUGUCAUUGGAGUGGGAAAUGGACAAGCAGUUACAGCUUCCUGCAGGGUCAGUGAAGAUAGAUUUCGCCUCCGUCUUGUAUGCCGGCAAGGCAGAGAUUGCUGCCACCGCGGCAGCGCUCUCCCACGCGCUUGGGCCACCACCCCGAACACUUCCAUGCCAUCAGCACCCAGUGAUAAAGGCAAAUUCAUCACACUCACUGUGGCCGCCGGUGCUAUGCUCUUCAGCAUUUGCUGGGAAGCGACCUAUGCCAUUGCCUAGCCCACCUCCAGCUAAGAAGCUGCAGGUGCAGCGGUCUUCACCAAUGGCAAUGCUGCCACGAGCUGUUCCAAAGAUAGAGGUGUCGACCGCUGAAAAGCCCGCAAAGUUGCAGGUGUGGCGAGGACCACGAUCUGUAUCCCCAGUGUUGAAGCAAGGUUCGCUGAAGGCGGAGAUGCCGGCUCCGUUGCCAAUGCCCGCAACUUCUACAGACGUGAUGCUAAAUUCUCAAAAGCCAUGGAGCGAAAUAUUGCCUGAGUCUAAAGAUUUGACACUGACAAGGAACUGCAGCUGCAAGUAUUCGAAAUGCCUGAAGCUGUAUUGUGAGUGCUUUGCAAAAGGCAGGUACUGCAUUGGUUGCAACUGCACAAACUGUUGUAACAAUGUUAGUCAUGAGAAUGCAAGACAGGAUGCUAUCAAUGUUGUAUUGGAGCGGAAUCCUGCGGCCUAUAUGCCAAAAAUAUGGAAUAGCGCAGUCCACCACUGUGAGGAAAAAACAGCAGAGGGCCUCCUUGUGGGUAGUCAUACAAAGGGGUGUAAUUGCAAGAAAUCAGAAUGUCUAAAGAAAUACUGUGAGUGCUUUAAAUCUAGUGUUUUCUGUUCAGAGAACUGCAAAUGUAUGGAUUGCAAGAGUUACAAGACUACUGAAGAUAGGAAAGCAAUUCACCCUAUUACCCAGCAGCACGCUGUUUAUGUGCAUCAUGUGCAGAAUCCUGCUUCAAGUGGGAUGAUUGGACAAUCUGUGGUGCUUUCCAAUGCAACUGAAAAUGGCUCCAGUUUUUCAUUGGUUGCACCUGGCAUUCAAUCUACCACAAACCAGGCUUCACAUGCUCUUUCUUGUUCACCCACUUCUGUUCCUAAAGACGAAACUAAAAGUCGCAUAAAAUAUGUACCACAUGAGGUUACUUACAGGCCAAGUUUAACUGACAAUAUCCAGAUAGAAGAUGUAAAUGCGCUCUGUAAUGUUUUGGUUCUAGUAUCAAGACAAGCUGGUUCUGCACUUUUAGAUUCAGGAAUCAAGGAAAACACCAAGCAGAAAAAGUUGUGUCAAGCAGAGGAUUGCCUUUCUUCCACAAACCAUGAUAGAGAAGCAAUCCAGAAAGAACCAGAUAAACAUCUAUUCUCAGUAGAGAAGAGCUUAAAUGAAGUUCUUAUUCAUGAAAGUACGCUGGUAUUGCCAAGAGUCGGCCCUUUUGACAUAAAGGAGGGUAGCAAGAGGCCUCUGUCUCCUGAAACCCAGGCUUUGAUGUGUGAUGAGCGAGAUGCAGUUUUCCAGGAAUCAAAAGCUGCAGAUGCAACCACCUCAACCACAGAAGAAAACUUGUUAGACAUUUUCAAAGAGCAAGAGAAGCGUGUACUAACAAAUUUCCGUGACUACCUUUGUAAACUUGUGAACUGUGGAAGAUUGCAAGAACAGAAGCCCUCUUUGGUGUCAGCAAAUCAAGAGCAAACUUCUGCUGGCAACAGUAAGGACAACUCAUCCAUAAAAGGGUUGCGGAGGAGGUCAGGAUCAGACACAAUUCCUUGAUUCUGCAGCAAGUACCAAAGCCCUGGACGUCAGACCCUGGCUAGAACCAAGAUGGGCAACGCAGGAAUUGGCAAACUUAUUGGGCAGAAGGCUGCAAACCUGGUGCCUCUGGUGGUCCUUACAGAACUCGACCAACAACUCUGAUUCUUUUUUAUCUCGAUCCUUUGUUGGGCACCACAUUUCUGUAUAUUCUUGCCAUUGUCAUGUAACAGUUCAUCCUCCCAUGUAACCGGUCGAAUCGCCUUUUUCCCCCCCUACCAUCAGGUUGAUGAAUCCAUGGAAUGGUAGGGGUUGACAGAUUGACAGGAGUGAACAGACUGUACCAGUGGUGAUGGCAAUUGACAGUGAACUGAAGGAUUGCUUUAUCUUUCUCUUGGCUCCUUCCCUUGACAGGUGUACCGCUUUUGCUCAGAAAGCAUCAAAAGGUUGGAGCGUCUCCGGGGAGAUGAAACUGGUGCAGAUGGCUAUGACAUGCAAUGUAAAGUGCAGCUACUUUCCGUAUACGUUUUAGCACUUUUUAUAUAUGCUGCACUGCUUUUUUGUUUUUCUGUUUGGCAUGUUGGCUGCUGUCUGUUUGUGCGCAAAAGCUGUUAGAGAAAGGAGCUGGAUCAGAGAACU